AUGGAGAAGGGACAAGCGCACAAGGUUUACCCAUCAAUCGUAGGUGGGAAGAGCUGUCACGGUGAAAGUAGUGAAGUUGCGGUUACUGAUACAUCAAAUGAACCAUUGUAUCUCUUCUCGCCAUUCCCCGUAUCCGCUGAAUCUAUCAACAAAUUAGUAUCCAAUACAAAGCAAGGUUUUCGUGAAUGGUCUUCAAUUCCCACUGAAGAAAAAUUCAAGAUAUUCAACAGAGCUCAAGAACUUUUGAAAGAAAGGAGAAAAGAGUUCAUCGAAAGUCAUUUAGAAAUAGGUGGCCCCGAGUGGUUUUCUGAUUUCAAUGUGGAUGGAACUAUAGGUCAACUUCAAGAGUAUACAAGCUUAUUAUCUCGAUCACCUGGAAGCAUAGUGCAAUCUCCCCACAAUGAUUUGGCAUUAACCCUCAAACAGCCAAUUGGCCCUGUGUUAGCUAUAUCACCAUGGAAUGCUCCUGUAAUUUUAGCAGGGAGGUCUAUCUUGGCUCCACUUUCUGCUGGGUGUUCGGUGGUCCACAAAUCAAGCGAGAAAUCCCCAAGGUCCAGCUAUCUCUUGGUGAAGUGUUUUCUUGACGCAGGUGUACCACCUAAAGCAUUGCAGUUAGUUCACAUCAAGCCGGAAGAUAAUCCAGCCUUUAUCGAUGAGGUGUUGAAGACUGGUGCAAUCAAGAAGGUGAACUUCACUGGUUCAACAAUGGUAGGAAGAAAGAUCGCAGAAAAGUGUGGCAAAUACUUGGUCCCAUAUUUGUUGGAAUUGGGAGGGAAGAACUUGUCAAUCGUUUUGUCAGAUGCUAACUUAGAUAAAGCAGCUAGUGCUAUUUUAUUCGGCGCCUGGGCCCAUAGAGGGCAGAUUUGUAUGAGUACUGAUAAAGUAUUUGUUGAUGAGCUGAUAUAUGAUAAGCUCAAGUCUAAAUUGAUUGAAGUUGCAAAUGAAUUUUCGAAAGAUAAGGAUCAUCAAUUGAGCCAAAGAGAUGUACUAGGCCGAGACAAGGUGGUGGAUUUAGUGGAGGAUGCUCUAAAAAAGGGUGCAAAAUUGGUUUACGGUAAAUUUGACAAGAAUGCUAUAUUGAAGUCGAACGUUAUCGAGCCCGUGAUUUUGGAAGGUGCAGACUCUCUGAUGUCCAUUUACACACAGGAGUCAUUUGGACCAGUUUUCACUUUACACAAAUUCAGUAAUGUCGAGCACGUUAUUGCGGAAGUCAAUGAUCACGAUUAUGGUUUGAAAGGUUCUGUUUGGUCCAGCAACAUCGUCAAGGCUCUAGACAUUGCAAAGAAAUUGGAAAUCGGGGGUAUCCAUAUAAACGCCCCGACAAUUUCAGACGAAACAACCGUACCCCAUGGAGGAGUUAAAUCCAGUGGGGUUGGCCGAUUCAACAGUCACUGGGGUAUGGAUGAGUUUCUGAUUAUCAAAGCAAUUACAAUAAACGAAUGA